GCAGCCGCAGUUUUUCGCCAAUAACACGCUAGAAGUCGAGUAGCGCGCGCCUCUCGCAGUCCGCCCUGGUAUUGACGCACAAACGUGAACGCACAUACUGUACACCCGGAUAUAUUAUUGUAUCGUAAUAUUAUAAUAAUAAUAAUAAUAAAACUUUUAAUAACAUAUUUUAAGUAUCGGUCAAGUUACCUGGUCAGUGAAGUCUGUUAUCAAUUUAUCAGUGAAUGGAACAAGAGUCUUUUUUAUAUAGCCGGGCAUUACACAUACGAUUCUAAUUCCAUUGAAAUGGAUAUAAUAAUAAAGAAGUGCAUCUGGACCGGGGUUCAGGGCGGAUAACCGCGAGUCGAGAUGCGGGUGAGGGCGGCUCGGGCCCUGCGUGCUUUAAGACGCGUGGCACUCUUGUUUCCGCUAGUAUUGACUGCGCUGGCGCUAAUCCUGCUGCCGCGCCCGGGACCUCUCACACCCCUUGCACAGAAUCCUACCAUUGCCGCACAGAUCCACUCGCUCAAAGACGACCAGCAUAUUCAAGAUCGUUCCAAUGAACUUCAAGAAGAGGUGCUGCACGAGGAAGGUGACACCGUAUCCCGUCGCCACUGGUUCAUGCGCGGAGGUGAACAACGGCCUUGGAAACACGAUCCUAGUGCACAAAUAUUCCCUGAGGAUGCCCCUGGGGAUGACAGAAUCGUUCAACAGCUAUCAUACAUAUUACCGAACGACGAGGAGGCGCCUAUUAAAAAAAUACUACUUGCCAAUGGCCUCGGGGCGUGGGGCGUAACCGGUGGUCGUACAGAAUUCCUCCGAAACAAGUGCCCCAUAGACCGGUGUCAUCUUACGGCGGACUCGAGGGAUGCCGCCUCUGCAGACGCUAUACUCUUCAAAGAUCACCAUACGCCUUUUAACGUCAAAAGAUCUCCUAAUCAGAUUUGGAUUCUCUACUACUUGGAAUGUCCUUACCACACGGCUUCCUUGCGGUCUUCAUCCUUCGACGUAUUUAACUGGACUGCAACUUACCGCAGAGACUCUGAUAUAGUAGCACCUUACGAAAGAUGGGUGUAUUAUGAUAAUUUGAUUCCUGAAAAAGAUAUAGAAAGGAACUAUGCAGCUAAUAAAACAAAGAAGGUAGCGUGGUUUGUAUCAAACUGCCACGCUCGCAACCGUCGGCUCCAGUACGCGCGGCAACUCAGCAAAUUCAUCCAAGUGGACAUAUACGGCGCGUGCGGCUCUCAUCACUGCCCACGAACCGACCCCAACUGCUUGGAAAUGUUGGACAAAGAAUACAAGUUUUAUCUGGCUUUUGAAAAUUCAAACUGUCGGGAUUACAUAACGGAAAAAUUCUUCGUCAAUGGAUUACAACACAACGUUUUACCGAUCGUGAUGGGAGCCCGGCCAUCGGAGUAUGCAGCAGUGGCUCCACGUAAUUCGUACAUUCAUGUAGAAGAGUUUGCCGGUCCUGAAGAACUCGCUGCGUACUUACAUCGCCUUGAUGAAGACCAAGAUCUAUACAACUCUUACUUUAAAUGGAAGGGAACAGGAGAAUUCAUUAACACAUAUUUCUUUUGCCGCGUAUGUGCGAUGAUUCACGCGAACGAAAGACGGCAAAGGAAUACUCACUACAGCGACGUGCAGGCAUGGUGGCGGGACUCCACGUGCACGCGAGGCGAAUGGCGAGCCAUGGAAUCUGAUACUAAAGAUAAUGGAUAAAUUAUUGACCAACCAGCCUUUGUUAAUCUAAGCAAUAUUCGUCUAUGAGACGUACAUGUGAAAACUCCGAGCUUCAGAACAAUAACACUAGGCUGAAAAACAGCCUUAUCCAAUAUGUACGCGUUGCUCGUGUUCAAGUUGCUGAGGCCAUAUUUAGGUGUUGCUACGAAUUAUUCGUCUUCGCGUCCACAGUUGCGUUAAGUGUCGAUAGAAAUUGUACACUCAUUGACAUACAUUUUAAUUGCAAUCAAAUCAUCAAAUAAAGAGAAAGCGUUGUAUUUUAUGAAAUAAAUUCUUAAUUAACAACUAUUUACAACGAUAACGUUAAUGGAAUAAUACACCAGCCUCACAGAAAUCUUAGUGAUAAGUAAUUAUACAAUUUGAAAUACUAUAAUAUAAAUCAAAUAUGUCUACUUUUUUUACAUUUCUGUUACAGUUUACAUUGGCGCCCAACGUGAGGCUAUUUUACUUGAUCUCUUUAUUUAAAUUACCUAUGCAUUUACUACUUACUAAGUUGUUUUUGAACUGUAACUUGUUUAGUUUAAAAUAAUAUUUUGUAUUGGAUUUAUUGACACACAUUUUAGUUUAUAAAACUAUUUUGUUGAAUUUUGAAAUAUUUUAAUGGUAUUAUUUAAUAGUUUGGGUUAAUAGCUUGGAAAAUUUUUAAAAUAUCAAAUGCAAAACAUUCGAUAUUGAUGUUGUACUGUACGACUUACUUUAAGAAAAUCAAAAUAACUUCUACACUUUUGACAAGUCUAGUCACGAUGCCAUUAUUUGAGUUAGCACAAAAAAUUACGCAUGCAACUUUUCGCACAGUAUAAAACACCGUAGUAACUAUAGAACUUAAUAUAUAAGUAAAAAAAUAUAUUCAGUCAUCAAUAUUGUAAUAUAAUUUCAUAUUGUUAAUAAAAACCCGUUAAUAUAAGUGAAUGUAUUUCAUGUUACAGUUUAAACUAAUUCUAAGAAAAUUUGUUAAACUUUAUUAUUAUUUGUAUAUUAUUAUUGAACGCACGGCUCAUUUAACCUUAUUUAGGUGUAGUGUUUUUAGAAUUCCGUUUGUACUGAAGUUAAAUUUACUUUAGUAAUUUUUUUAUUUACUUUUACUAAGUAUAUAUCAGGGUACAAAUUUUAGCUUGUUGUUUAUCAUUAAAAUGUGAACCUGUGAUUCUGAGGUUAAUUAUUGUUAUUAUUUUUGAGAUUUGUUAAUAACCACAGAUAACAGAACACAUUUUUAUUGUAUUUUAAUUGUAAUCGUGAUUAAAAAUUGACAUCAUGAUACCACAGAUAACAUCACAUUUUUUGUAUAAACAUUUAUUAUUAUAUUCCUGCAAUCUGGUUAAAUAUUUGAUAAAUGCACACAAAAUUACAAACAUACUACUAAUAAACAUUAAUCAGUAAAACUCGGUAUUACUCUGCGAUCACGAUAAUGAGGUCUUAGAGUGACUUAGAGGAACUAUUAGCAUUAAGUUCAAUUGCCUGUGUUAUCUUGUUGUUUAUUUCUUUUUUCAACUGUUAUUUUGCAUAAUGUUUAAAUUUUGGAUAACUUUGUUGUAAGUAUUUGUUAAAUUGUAAAUGAACCAAAUUGGAUACUAAAUUUUUAUUGGAACCGAUUUAAACACAUAUGUGUGCUUAGUGCGAGUUUUUUAACUUCUCGAUCGCGUAAAAGUUAGGUAACUCAAAUUUGUAUUGAGUUGGAAUGUAGCUUCCCUUCGUUUGCCACUAGGCACCGCUUGCACUAAGCACGCUGUGCAACAUUCACUGUGUGUGUAACCCAAAAACAACGAAACAGCUUAGAGUUAAAAGGUAGAUAAUAUGAUAUACAUAAACAUAUACAUUAUUAAGUGUUUAUAAAUAUUGUUUGACAACCUACUUAUUUUAGUGUUUUAACAAAAAUACUAAAGAAAAACCAGGGUAAGUAAUUCUUCAAAAUAUUAGUAAAUACCUAUGUCAUGUGAUUUUUUCCUUAAUUUGAACUUACGCAAAUGUGACAAUCUGAUAAUACAAUACAUAUUGACAAUUUAGAAUGUUUAAAUUAAUGUUUUGGCAUUCACAAUAGAUAGGUACAUACAUUAUAAUAUGAAUACCUAUUCCACAAUCUUGAGCUUAAUUUACAAUACAUUAGAUGCGUAAUCAAUUAUAGUAAGCGGCACGUAAGUUGGCAAGGUUUUGGUGUAGUGGGGGUAAUGUCGCGCAUAGUGCACAUUGCAAC